GUAGUGAGUGGAGACGUCGCCUGUAGCCGAGGGAUCCGGUCGGACUCUACUUGUUUGUAUGUACAAGUGCGAGUGCCGACUUCGUCUUAUAUGACAGCCACGCGAUUUUUCCCAAAUGUUCAUGUCGAUUUCGUUUUUAUUUUUUAUUUAGUUAUAAGAAAGUAUGCACUUUUCACGGUUCGGUUGAUCAUUUAAUUCACGACAUGUAAUCGAUUAAAGUGCUGUGUAACGAGUUUUAUGUGUAGUUCUUUCGAAUUAAAAACUUCAAUAAAACUAAUUUUAUUUAAUAUUGUCAGUAUAAGAUUCUGCAAUUGGUGUAAGCAUCACUUGCAAUAAGUGUAAUGGAUAUGAUCGGUAGCUGACACCCCGCGCGGCUGGAAUGCGGGACUUACGGAUGGGAAGUCCCGCCGUCCCGGUACGCUAUGCUUGACGUGUUCCGGGGCCUAAAGAGCCUGGUGAAAAUCAGUCACGUGCACAUUGACUCUCCUGUAUUUCGGCUACACUAUAGCCUGACGGUGAUGCUGCUGUCCGCUUUUAGCUUAAUCGUGACAACCCGUCAGUAUGUAGGCAACCCCAUAGACUGCGUGCACACCAAAGACAUACCCGAAGACGUGUUGAACACAUAUUGUUGGAUACACUCCACGUACACAAUCAAAGAGGCAUUCAAGAAGAAGGUGGGCGUUAACGUUCCCUACCCGGGUGUUGACAACACAAGAGGCAAGUUCGGCGAUCGCAAAACCUAUGGGUACUACCAAUGGGUGUGUUUUUGUUUGUUUUUCCAGGCAAUACUAUUUUACACGCCCAGGUGGCUUUGGAAACAUUGGGAAGGCGGCAAGAUCCGGGCACUCAUGAUGGACUUGGACGUGGCAAUAUGUACAGAAGCGGAAAAAAAACAGAAAAAAAAGAUUCUACUCGACUAUCUGUGGGAGAACCUGAGAUAUCACAACUGGUGGACGUAUAGGUAUUACCUGUGCGAAAUAUUGGCGUUGUUGAACGUUGUGGGGCAAAUGUUUUUGAUGAACCGCUUCUUCGACGGUGCUUUUUUAACUUUCGGUAUAGACGUCAUUCGAUUUUUGGAAAGUGACCAGGAAGAUCGCAUAGAUCCUAUGAUAUAUAUUUUUCCGAGGAUGACCAAAUGCAUAUUCCACAAAUUUGGGGUUUCUGGUGAAGUUGAAACUCACGAUUCGAUAUGCAUACUCCCUUUGAACGCAGUCAACGAGAAGAUAUAUGUGUUCCUGUGGUUUUGGUUUAUGAUCCUUGGUUUUUUGUCAGCAGCUGUAUUAGUUUACAGGUUGAUCAUCAUAGUGUCACCACGAAUGCGCGUGUAUCUGUUCUGCGUGCGGUUUCGGCUCAUCAAGCGGCAAGCCAUUGGGAACAUCGUUCGCAGGUCCAAGUUGGGCGACUGGAUGUUAUUGUACGUGCUCGGUGACAACAUCGACUGUGUCAUAUUCAGAGACGUAGUCCACGACUUGUCACACAGACUGGACGCGUAUAACAACAAGAACUCAACGGUACGGACGGUUGAUGCGUGAAGACUGAUUUAUUAUGCUCAAUUCAGUAAUAAAACAUAAUAUUGUUACAGGGUAGUAAACAACUGCUUACUCCAAACAAGUGGAUAUAAUUAUUGGUCCAGCGUUGUUGACAUGUCACUUCCGUAAAUAAAACUGAAUACUUUUUAAAAAAAUUGAAUAGAUGUUGACUCUAUGCGAGUCCAAUGACGAUGAAUAUAAAAUAAAUGUAUUGUAAUUUUGUAUUGUUAAGUUAAUUAAGAAUUAAAAAAGCAAUACAGCUUUAUGGAUAAUACUUAAGUUCCAUUGAUUUUAUAAUGUAUUAUAAUUUAAUACCAUUAUAGUUAUUGUUACAAUACUAUUUUGGUGAAUAAACAAACAUAGAAAAUGUUAUGUACUGGCAACUAUGAAUUGUGUUCACACGAGAUCAUUUCUUUUGGUCUUAAUAAUUUUUUUAACUCAGUCAAAGCUUUUUAUUGUUUACAAUAAUUGUUUUUAUUGCGCUCCAAACGUUGGACUAGUCGCAUUAUUUUUUUAUUUAUUGUAAGCUGAAUGCUGCCAAAAUAUAAUGAUUUUAAUAGAAAAGAUCAAGAAGUUUGUUAUACAUGUAAUGAAUUUUAAUUGA